AUGUUAUACGAUGUGAUUUUUCUGGCAAUUAAACGUUUAAUGGGGCCAGAUUCAUCUAGUCAAACGAGUUCAUCAUCAUCUCACUCGCAACAAUCACCUCCUCAAAUAUCACCUACUCACAAUAACACAUCUUCGACAGCAACGAAUAAAUCUUCAAAUUCAUCAUUUAAGCCAUUAUGUCAAGGUUUACAAAAAAAAUAUGCGAAAGGUGUACAAUAUAACAUGAAAGUUGUUAUUCGUGGUGAAUGUAAUGUUGGUAAAACGACGCUAUGGUCUCGUUUACAAGGAAAUCAAUUUCACGAAGAUUAUGUCCCAUCUGAUGAAAUUAAAGUAGCGAACAUCAAUUGGAAUUAUAAAUCAUUUGAUGAUAUUGUGAAAGUUGAAGUUUGGGAUAUUGUUGAUAAAUCACGAAAAAAACGUAAAUUAGAUAAACCAUUAAAAUUAACGAAUCAAGAUGCACAAGAAGCAUAUGAAUUAUCAUUGGAUGCUGAAUUUUUAGAUGUUUAUAAGAAUACAUCUGGUGUCAUAUUUGUUUAUGAUAUAUGUAAACAAUGGACAUGGGAUUAUAUUGAACGUGAAUUACCCAAAGUACCAUCACAUAUACCCAUACUCAUACUGGGAAAUCAAAAAGAUUUAGAACAUCAUCGAAAAGUACCACAAGAUAAAUGUAAAAUGUUUAUUGAACAGUUUGACAGUCAAUUUAAACUAAUGCUCAUUAAAGAUAAAAAAAUAAUUAUACCACCAAAAAUGAGCAAUAUUAACCUUGUUUUACUUAAAGGAUGUUUUAUUCUAGGCGUAAUUAAAUUAGUCGAAUUUAUUGUUGGAAAUUGUGAUGAAGUGAAUGAUAAAUCUCUGAAAACAACAUUUUCACAUUCAACACGUUUACCUAAAAUCGUGUAA